CUCGGCUCUUCAGUCUGUCGGAGCCAUCGAAAGUACGCGGAAGUCCAGAGCUGGCCAACACAACGAAAUAAAUGUGACUUAUAAGAAUAGCUAUCUGCGCAGAUCAUUAAUAUUCAGCAUGGGAUCUUUGACCAGUUUGUUUUGGUUCAUUCUAUUCGUACUAAUCAUAAAAGUAUACGCCACGUUGGCCAACCCAUUGGCUGCCAAAAGUGAAGCAUAUUCAAAGACAGCAGCGAAAAAUGCAGGCAGAAAAGCGAAAGUAACUAACUAUUUUCUGCACGAGCCAUACGGACCCAACACAUAUGCCUUUGGCUAUGAGAUCGAUGAUCCGCAGACGCAGAACAUUCAGUUUCGCGAUGAGCGACGUUUUGUGAAUGGCAGCGUUCAGGGUAGCUACGGGUAUGUGCGGCCCGACGGCCUCAUCGAGGUCACCAAGUACCGGGCCGAUGAGAAUGGGGGCUUCCUGGCUCAGACGCAGAGCUUCCAACCUGGAGAUGAACAAGCAAAGACGGUGUGGCCCACUCAACGUCCAGAGAUAAUUGCGGAUAGACAAAAGGUGCAGUCGCCGGCCAAUGUCACAUGGGAUCCCAAGAGUCACCUCAAUGUGAGCGUCUCCCAUGUGGCUGCCGACGUGGCCAAGCAGCUGAAGGAGCAGCACGGUCUCGACCUGAACCACAUCGACGUCGCCAAAGAUGUCCUAAAGCCUGCCGUACUCGACGUGGUCCAGGGCAAGGCCCCCCUAAACAACAAGACCAAAGAGGGAAAUCCCUUCCAGCCGGUUCAAAAUGUGAUACCCAAUCGUUUUCCCAUCUUUAUGCUACCCGCGGACACGGAUCCCAUCAAGGCCCCAACCGAAGAACCCGCGGCAAACUCAAAUCCAAAGUACAACAGAGCCAAGAUCAACAACGCAGAGAAGGCGCCACAAGUUGAGGUGCCCGAGUCGGGACUGCUGCCUCCCAGGCCAUUGGUCAAUGAGCCUCCAAGCGAUGCAAAUUGGUACCAGCGGAUCAUUGAUGCAAAUCGUCGUGAAUUCCUCGCCAAUCUACCAAACUUAAACAAAGCUAAUACUUGAAAAUGUUCCCCCAAAAAAUAGAGAAGGGAGGUACGUCCACUAUUACUUAGUAAGAGACUAGA